CCCAGGGCACUGGGAGAAACUCCUCUUUUCGAAUAGCGCCACAGGUGCUUUAAUGGCUACUUGAACGGGCAGACGAGACCUUGGUUUAAUGUUUCAUCUGGAGGACAACACCUUACAAUGCAUCGCGCUCUCCCUCAGCACUACACUGAGGUGUCAGCAUAGGUGGUGAGCUCCAAGUCCUGACACUGGGCUUGAAUGCACGUCUUUCUGACACAGAAAGAUCAUUUUUGAAAAACAGUGGUUUUACUUGGAUAAUGCGAUUGGACAGCGAUUUGGUGCCACAUUUGAAGUUUCUAGUGGAGGAGUACUUCAACCAGUUAAAGCAAAAAUGGAGGAAAGUGGAAAAGAAAUGAACAAGGCCGGUAUUGAUAAUCGGAACAUAGUUGAUGAUGGAAAGUCCCAGAAGCUCAGCAGAGAUGACAUUGAGGCACUUAAAGAGCAAGGCCUGAAGGGACAGGACAUUGUUCAGCAUCUGAUAGAAAACAGCACAACAUUCAGAGACAAAACUGGAUUUGCACAAGAAAAAUAUAUCCAGAAGAAAAAGAAAAAAUACGAGGCAAUUAUAACUAUCUUGAAGCCCACGGCUCGUAUAAUGGCCAUGAUGUAUCAUUCACGAGAACCUGGCAAGAUCUGCUUUUUACGAUAUGACACAUUGGCUCAGAUGCUGUCUCUGGGGAAUAUCCAUGCUGGUUGUAAAGUCAUCGUGGCAGAAACCUGUGCUGGACUAGUUCUAGGAGCUGUAAUGGAGCGAUUGGGAGGUUUUGGAUCUGUUGUUCACAUGUACCCAGGCAACAUGCCUGCCAGAACAGCAACAGACAACUUUGGUUUUCCAAAAUUAUUUUAUGAUCAUCUGUACGAUUUUCCUAUCAACAAGCUGAGCAGUCUUCUCUCCGAAACGUUCUCAGCCGAGAAAGAAGCUUCACAAAAUCUAACUGAAGCCAGGGUGGAAAAAGGCAAUGGAUCUGCUCAUGGGAGCCCUAAGAGCACAAGCCAAGGUACAAGGGAGAUUGGUGAUGGCAAUAAAAUGGAUGACAACCAAAGCGUGGAAUAUGAGACCAUGGAUGUAACUUGUGAUGAAACAGAAAACAAAGAGAGAAAUCCAUGCAGGAAAUCCAAUGUUGAAGAAAGAAAUAAGAAGCAGGAAGAUCGUCUGAAGAGGCUACAGGCUGCUGCUGCUGUGUUGCAAGAGAGGAAUGCAGAUGGGUUAAUUAUAGCAAGUCGUCUUUAUCCGAAUCCCUUACUACUUUCUCUCUUGGAGUUUGUGGCCCCAUCUAGACCUUUUGUUGUCUACUGCCAAUACAGAGAGCCUUUAGUUGUAUGUUAUACAAAUCUACGAGAAAGAGGUGGAGUUGUUAAUCUGAAGUUGUCUGAAACCUGGCUGAGACAUUAUCAGAUUUUGCCAAAUCGAACACACCCCAGGCUAUCUAUGAAUGGGGGAGGAGGCUACAUCCUGACCGGUAUCACGGUUGCCAUGAACAGAGUGAAAUCUGCUGUCAGAACUGCGGAGCCACAGAAAGCCGAUGAACCUGUGGCUAAAAGGCAGAAAGUGGAGGAAAACAAAAGCUAGUUUUCUACACGUGUACUACCUCUUGCUAUUCCUGGGAUUGCUCUUGUUAUCAGAACUUAUAACUAUAAAGUUCAAACUACAAGACUUUCUUUUUAUAAACUACAUGUAUGAUUUUGUUUUAGUACGCUGUACUAUUCUGCUUAAAGUGAACAGGCCUUUAAGGUUUCAGUGAUUCAGAUCAGCGAAGAGAAGCUAGGGCCAGUUCUUUCAAUGCAAAAUAUAAUAAUAAUCCUUGCAUUUGAUACAACGCCUUAUUACGUCGUUGAGACAUCUAAGAGUUUUGCAGGAUUUACUAUAAAGUGAUGCGACUGUGUUUUGCGCGAUACAAUUCUUUGGGGGGUGAGGCGGAAGAGGGGCGAGCGAAUGAAGAAAUGUUGGAAUCCAGCACAAGGGUUUGAGGCUUGCUGUGGUAAUGGAGCUCUCGGUGAUGGCACCUUCCUAGCAGCCUGCCAGCGUUGGAGGAUGAAGGUGCUGAUCGUGCAAAGUGUUUUAGCUGCUGCUUUAUUUAGAAACACUCUUCGAUUAAUUUGAAUAUUUGUAUAAUUAUCAUUUUUUUUUUUUUUUUUUU